GUCGUCGUCGUCGUGGUCGUCGUCGUCGUUACCGUCGUCGCUGCGACCGCUGUUACCGCCACCUUCGUCAUCUUCGUCUUCGUAAACGGCCAACGGUCGUCGUCCGUUCGUCCUCUCCGUUCCGUCGAAUUCAUUGUCGUGAUUGUCGGUUCAGUGCCUUGCUCGGCCGCGUUCCUUCGCCUUUCGCGACUGGCGUGCUCGCGCCUUUUCGUAGUGAUGUACCUGCGUAGAAGACAGUUUCAUCAGCCUCGGUGUCUUCGUGCUCGAUCGUUCUCGCGGUCACUCUCCUCGCACGACUUAGUCGCCCAGGCGGCUCGGGUAUGUCGCGCUGAGAUCGCCUCGCGAGAUCCGCUAGGACGAUCUUGAAGUGCUGCUCCGUCGAGAAUCCGGAUUCCGCGACCUCUGGGAAAUCGGUGGUUUUUUUUUUUUUUACGCAUUUCACGACUCGACGGGACAACAAUUAUGUUCAUAUUCGCACCGCGCGAAACCAUGUCGACCUCUCGACAGGGUUCGGCCUCGCACCCUGGACGGGGUCGUUACGCGCGCUCGUCCACCACGACGAGCGUGACGCAGAUGCUGAGCGAUUCCUGCACGAGCCUCCUGCAGAAGCUGACCACGAGGGUGCGCGGGACGUCCGCGCUUAACGAUCGCGGCGUCGGCGUCGGCACGAUCGCGAAACGAUCGCCCAUCAUCGGCCGAUUGGGUAACACGCGGACUCGCCUGGAGGACAAGUACAGCACGAUUCUGGACAAAUACUCCGGCAAGAGGCACGCCGACGAUUCGGAAAGAGGCGCCCGCGGUUACUCGCGGAGACAGGAGCGCGAUCACAGCUAUUAUCAUCGGGACGACAGUCCGUUUGUGCGCGACGACAAGACCCUGGAACCCUCGAUGACUCGUAGCGUCGUCAAGAGUCCGACCAGCGUGCUCCUCACCGAGAAAGCUUAUCCCUACGUAAGUUCGGCGAUAAGCAGGGAACCCAGGCGCGAGAAGACGCCCGCCUAUAGCCGUACGGAUCGACAAAUCUUACUGAGCUCGGAAGCGUACCGCCGCUACGGUAGGCACAAGUCCGGACACGCGGAAACGCGCAGUCGGAAGGUGAGACCGCACCGAAACGGCAAGAGCGAGCAGCUCGAGGCAAGCUCGACGUCUCUGAGACUGUCGCGGCCGGUCAAGAUCGAGCCGUUGACGUUCACGGACAAAGGCAAAGAGAUCGCGGUGGAUCCAGACAGGACUCCGGUCGCCAACAGUAGUGACGUGGAGAAUCUCAACGACAUCGCUCGGAAUGUUACGUGCGACGCGUUAACGGAGGACGACCCGACGAUCUCGGACCGGGUGGCCACGAAGGAGAUUCAAAGCCUGAUCCUGAAGUACGCCGCCAUGGAGGACACCUACAGCCAGUUGGCGGCCGGUGGACAGGCGAACGUGCGUCCCAGCACGACGGACCUUAUCGCGAGCAAGUACAGGAAGAGCAAUCACCGGAAAGACAACCAGAAGGACGGCGACGCGUCCAAGGGCACGGUAGCCCCGGGUAGCGCGAGCGCGAUUAGCGAGGUGGACGCGGUCCACGACGCGAUCGUAAGUUGUCGAGACGCGGGUUGCCCGGUUACGCGAUCUCGCGAAAAGCGGCGCCGUUUUUAAGCAGAGCGUGUCCGUUGCCACUGUUUUGUCUCUUGUCCUCCUCGCCUGUGUGUGUGUGUGUGUGUGU